UAGGUGGGUGGGUGGAUGGAUGGUUGGACGGACAAUUGGAUGCAUGGAGGUUGGUCUCUAAAGACCUGGGGGUGUGCGCCUUGCAUCAUUUCUGAGAUCGUGUGGAAACCAGGGGUCCCCCUGCCCCCCCUUCACGCACAGGGCGAGGUUUCUGUUUUAAAUGAGCGCUUUUUAGUCUAGGCCACUGUUCGCAUUUUGACCGGAUUCUAUUUUAUUUUGGGGGGUGCGGUGUGGGUGCAUCUUAGGGGGCCUUGCAGUGCCUCCCUCCCCCACCCUCAGACCCGGUUGUGACAACCAUCAGUCCGUUCCCGUGCCUAGGAGUGUGUUUGUCAUUCACUUUGUUCUGUAGACUCCACAUCGAAGGGGAAUCUUGGGGUAACUUGUCUGUCUCUGAGAGAGAGAGAGAGAGAGAGAGAGAGAGAGAGAGAGAGAGAGAUUACGAAAGAACUCUUGAAGAAGAGGAGAUGAUGGAUGAGGGUAAAAACUUCAGCUCUGAAAGUAAAGCCUUAGAGAAGGAAGGAGGCAUGCCUCCGGAAGACCUGCUGGCCUUCUGCGGCUCUGAGCCCGUGCUGCCCGCCGCGGGGGAGCCCAGUGCCCACAGCUCCCCAAGGGAACUUGCCGACCAGCUGCCAGACAUGACACUGGACAAGGAGGAAAUAGCAAAAGACCUGCUGUCAGGUUGCGACGAGGAGGCGCCGUGUUCCGCAGACGACCUGGUGCCGUCUCUGGCUUUCCACCAGGCUUCCGACUUCUUCCUGAGGCCAUUACACUCAAAUAUUACUUGUGAAGGAGAUAAAGAAUCGGAGACUGAAGAUGGUGAAACUGACAGUGGUAACUCCCCUGAAGAUGUGAGGAAGGAAGUAAGGAUCGGUUUACAAUAUCAGGCCGAGAUCCCCCCUUACCUUGGACAGUAUGAUGAUGAUGAUGAUGAUGAGAAAGCGUCUGAAGAAGGAGGCCAGCUCCUCUGGCGUCCCGGGGUGGUUGCGGAGAGCACAGUGAAGGAGUACCUUGUCGAGGCCGCACUCAGAACUGGGAAGGAGAAAACGGUGGCCGGGGUUUCGGCCGGAGCGCUCACCAGGGACGAUGAGCGGGCUUUACAGGAGCUGCUCAGGUGCGACCAUCACGUCCAGGAGGCGCUGGAGAGGCACUGCCGCGGCGGAAAGGCAGCUCAGGAGGGCAUGACUGCGUGGACAGAAGAAGAAAUCCAGGGCUUUGAGCAUGCGCUCAUGGUCUUUGGAAAAGACUUUCACCGUGUACAGAAGCACUGGGUGAAGACCAGAACGGUGGCGCAGUGCGUGGCGUUCUACUACCUGCGGAAGAUGGGGAAGAGGUCCGGGCGCUAGGACUGCUUCGCGCAGCAGACGCGGUUCGGGAAGAAGCGCUACCACCACCGCCCCAGAGUGACGGACUACACGGACCGCCUGGUGGAUGAGACAGACGCUCUGGGGGGACAGUCAGUUCUCCCGGCUUAACCGCCUCCCGCCCUGACCCUGUUCCUGGUCCGCAGCUGAACAUAGUCAACUCCUCCACCGCAGGGGACUUGUCAGCCAUGACUGGCAGUGCAGGGGCGCCCCCCCCCACUCCCGCCCGGGGCUGUGAGCUGCUGGAGGAGGGCUUUCUAUGCCCCGCGGCCCAGUGACUCCCGUGCCUGUGGUGAUGGAGGAGCUGCCCGCCCUGCUCAGCCAGGGAGACAGCGACUGCUUUAACCUGUUUGAGACUGGGUUCUCCCCCUCGGAGCUGAACCCCAUGACCCUGUGCAGUGAGGAGUCCGAAAGGCCAGCGAAGAGAUUGAAAAUGGGCCUUGCUCUUCCUGAACCCUUUAUGAGUGAGGUUUCUGUGAAUAACCUGGGUGUGGACUUUGAAAGCCACACACAUCACAGCGCCAGUGCCCAAAUGGCCGUGUCCGUGGCUGACAGUGGCAGCCGGUCUCCCAGCGGGGCCAAUGGCUUCAUCAGUGCCCACGCCCUGCACCAGCAGGCCGCCCUCCACUCCCAGUGCCCAGCGGCGGCCUGCAGCCCAGGGAGCGCGAGGACACGUUGGGCUGGCUUAGUCUUUCCCUGGAAGCUUGAACGUUUUCACUAUGACGUCAGUGAUGUCAGCAUGUAUAGAACUCUAUCUUGAUUUAUCAAGAGUA